AAUCUAAAGAACAAUAUCCAGACUUCACCAAAGAAAGAAAUGCAGUUUCCUUUAGAGCAGAGUUAGUUUCCUCUAUAGCAAAAAAUAAAAAUAAACGUUUUUAGUCCAUAAAUUAAAAAUCCAUUUCAACACACACUCCUGCCCCCACAAUCCAAUCGUGACUUCCUCGUCAUAAAUAUGAAAUAUCAAGUGGAUAUUGUAUCCACCACUUCCACCAAACUUCCUCAAAGUUACCAGAACUUCUCUAUUCUUGACAAACAUCCUCCAGCCAUUCAUAUCCAAACUACCAUCAGUAUAAAAAUACAUUUUAUUUAAAAUCACUUUUUUUAUGCUAUGGUAUCACACAGUAAUACUACAAAAGGAUGAAGUCAAAUACAAAAGAAGGAAAAAAUAAAUAAAGGUUGGUCAGCCAUUGAUGCAGUUUACACUUUGACCCAGUGGCCAGUAAUGCGCACUGUGUGUACAAAUCACACUGCAAAAUUAAAUAAGAGGUUGAUGUUAGCCAGCUCUUUAGUGACAUAAGCCAAGCUCCUUCUUUCAUUUGAUCUGCUCCACUUUAUUCUGAAAGUGUAAGAAAAAAAAAUGUUUCCGAAGAAACAUCAUCCCAGUGCGCAUGACGCACGGCACUCUUCGCCUCUUCUCGUCAUCUUCCUCUCGUGCAGUCUGACACUGAAUGUAUAAAUGUCUCAUAUAGACUAAAUUAAUCAAUUACAGUGAUCAGUCCAGCCACUUCUUUUAUAUCGCUGAGAGGUUUUAAAUCCACGUUGACUCCACGCGUUGUCCUGUGGAUACGCCACGGAGGCUCUACUUAGCGCAGGGGACACAAAUCAGCGGCAUCCUGCUGCUCGGAAGACGCCAAAGCUUAAGGACACACAUGCAUCCAGUCAAGGGGUGCUUGACUUAAUUCCAUCAACGAAAUCGGUUGCAUUUCGCCUGAAGAUUUUAUUUUUGCAUCAAGAUCUGGUCCAUUUCUCUCCCGGCUUCACCCACACGCCACCGGUUGGAUUAUCCAUCACGUACACUAACCCGGUGUCACAGCGGCUUUGAGGCCAAGCAUGGGGUGUUGACUUCUCCAGUGUUGGGGUAGAGGAGUGAAGACAGGCCGCCUCACUGUUUACCCUCUUCUGGAUGCGGACAACAGAGGCAGGUGUGGAACAUGCGUCCGUUUUCUGACACAUGUCCACUGCUCCAACGCGCUGGAAAAUAACCCGCGCUUCUAUGGUGGAUUUUGAGCCUUGUUGUCCCAUAUUGUAUUGUAGGUUUCAAACUACUCCUUUUAGGGAUACAAGGUAGACCGGUUCAAGUCUGUCUUAUUUCUGAGUUGGCUAAAUGACAAGUUCCGUCCUCUGCUGGCUGAGCGCACUUUGUCUCACUUAUAAAGUGCCAAAUCCAUGUCAAAGUGGGCAAAGUGUUCCCGUAAUCCUUUUGUGUGACGCACUUCACUUUAUGGUUAUUAGAUGCCUGAAUGUUACAUACACGGGUCUUGGCAUUUGAAUCUGUCCAUGUCCGAGCUAUUCUGAGUCUCUCCACCUGGUACAGACCGUCACUUAGACAUGACGGAGCGCUUCCGAGCUGUCUCCCCACCCCCCCUUGAAGGCUGCAGCGGGGUUGAGUUGCCUUGCAGGCGACACCUCUAUGGCAUGUAAAACUAUUUGUGGUCAGAUACUGCCAUCCCAGAAACACUCAGAAGACGUCACGUAUUCUUCCCCUAAACUCACUAUGAUCUCACCAACUCAUUCUUUUUUAUCAUCAUGUGUUGGUUGCUACUUUUAUAACAAACAAAAAAAAAGUCCACGAGAGCCGUGGUUGGUGGAAAUCAAGAAGAAACACGCAGGUGCAGAAGUUGGGCUACAAGGGAAAUAUAAAGAAGGACGCAGUCUGCAUUAAUCACUCGUCGGAGGGGAUGGAAUGAGAAAAGAGUCAACAACAUCUACAUCAGCAGAUUAUUGUGUUAAGACCUCACUAUGCCACCGGUCCGCCUAGUCUUCCUGACCACUGUCCUUGUGGUGCUGAUGGCCAUGCUGGCCUCCAGCGCCAGGACCACGCGCUGGCCCAAACCUCAGACCACCAGGAAGCCCCCUCGAACUGGGCCGAAUGUAUUCAGACAGACCACCACCACAACAACAUCUCCUUCCAGCAUGCACACAGAUGCAACCACUGAUGUUAUGAUGGACUCUUCCUCCCUGUCCCCUACAGACAGUACCACCUACUCCAGCGACACUUACCCUACUGAUUUCCAUGCUGAUGCCGUAGCAGCUCCUGGGAGCCCCGAUGGAAACUAUACCCUCGACUACAACGAAUGCUUCUUCAACUUCUGUGCGUGCUGUCCGCCAGAGAAAGGCCCUAUGGGGCCCAUGGGAGAGGCAGGGCCACCAGGACUACCAGGAGAGAGGGGCGAUAUAGGGUUACCAGGGGAGAAGGGAGACAUAGGGCCCAUAGGACCUCCAGGACCAGAAGGACUACCUGGAGCCAACGGACUCAAUGGCGACAUAGGUGAAAAAGGUGACCAAGGACCUGUAGGUGCACCUGGUGUCCCUGGAAUCCCAGGAAAACCAGGAGAUAGAGGUGAGCCGGGCCCCAAAGGAGAGAAAGGUGAACAUGGCUUCAUUGGUCUGAAAGGGGACCCGGGAGAAAGAGGACUGCCUGGCCUGAAUGGAUCUAUUGGCGACACUGGGCCAGAGGGGCCUAUGGGUCCCCCUGGGAUAACUGGGACAAAGGGUCAGAAAGGUGAACAGGGACUUACAGGCGAGUGUUUACCAGGCGAAAAAGGUAAUGUCGGUGCGCCUGGUCCGACAGGUGAGAUGGGCCCCCCAGGACUGAAUGGAACUGAUGGUGCAAAGGGAGAAAGAGGGGAGAUAGGGCCUCCGGGACUGAAGGGGGAUACUGGUGCCAGAGGACCUCAAGGAGCAAGAGGCGUGGCAGGAAUGAGGGGAGAACGGGGAGGCAAAGGUGCUCGUGGGGCUCGGGGCCCCAAAGGCGCACAAGGUGAGAAUGCGGAGGUGAUUCGCUCUGCCUUCAGUGUGGGCUUGUUUCCAAGCAGGUCCUUCCCUCCGCCUAGCCUGCCUGUGAAGUUUGAUAAGGUGUUUUACAAUGGUGAGGGGCACUGGGACCCGAACAUUAACAAGUUCAACGUCACCUACCCUGGGGUCUAUUUGUUCAGUUACCACAUCACUGUACGCAACAGGCCUGUACGUGCUGCCCUAGUGGUUAAUGGUGUACGAAAGCUGCGGACACGGGAUUCUCUAUACGGCCAGGACAUCGAUCAGGCGUCCAACCUUGCCCUGAUGCACCUGAAUGAAGGCGACCAGGUGUGGUUGGAGACGCUGAGAGACUGGAAUGGAGUUUACUCCAGCAGUGAGGAUGACAGCACUUUCUCUGGCUUCCUGCUUUACCCAGAUUUAAAUCCUAAACCGACUGCUGCAGACCCUUUAAAUAUUCUGUGAUUGUAACUUCUUGUAGAUUGUGCACAACUUUCAGCCUAUUGCACUGUUCUGUCAAAUUAAUAUGAUUCAGCUAAAUACUGCUGCUUCAGUAUCUGCUCACUGCUAUCGAGCUAAUCAAACCAAAUGCUUUGCUUGCCUUGCUGU